AUGCUGACUGUAACUAAUGAAUACUUAUAUGCUGAAGUAGUACUAGUUAUAUGCAUUGCCAGCAACACUGCUCCUGCUCUCUCUCCAGAGAGUACCCUCUUUGUCGAGUACUGUACAUGGGGUCCCUCUAGCACCACUCCUGUCCUCCUUGAGCUAUGUGUCGGCUCCUUCGACACUGCUCCUCCUCCUCAGGACCUGCUUGCCGGUCUCCUAUACACUGCUCUGUCAGGGGUCUGUCGCCUGAAACCCAGCUAUUGUCUCGGUAUCGGUCUUGAUGAGCUAGUUGCUCGGCGACUAUCAAGUUGUGUGAUGACAGUUAUGAUGACACCAAGGUCUGGUGUGAGUGUUGAUGAUGAUGAGGUUGAUGGUGUCAGUGAUAAGGUUGUGAUCCCCGGACUGCAGUGGACUACUGCCUUUGGUUCUAUCUAUAUCUGGACUGCUGGUUUGCUAUGA